AUGUGGACGAGGCGACAACAGUUUUCCGCGUUCGCGGUUUUGAUGCUAUGCUUCGUCCUUCUCUUACACCAGAAUGAUACGAUACGGGAACACGCGAAUCGCGCUUCGACGUAUAUUCCCUACAAGGCGUGGUCGAAUUCUUACUAUGAUAUGAGCGAGGAGUUCAGCGACAUGGACUACCUGGGUUCGGUCCCUCCCACGAUGCCCUGCAAAGGACUUGUUCCAAUCACGGAGACCGACAUCCUUAUGCGCCCCCAUGGCUUCACGGUCUACGACAACCUGUAUCUUAGAAAUGGCACGCUCUACGCCAUCGUGGAGAACCCUUUGACAUUCCCGGAUUUGAAGCAUGUACUCGCGAAACCGCUCGACCAGAAAGGCGCUAACCUCGAUCCUACUCCCGAAAUGAUGCAGGUUAUCAUGCCGGGCGACGCAACGAACAUCUUGGGCUCACGUGCGGUUGCAAUCGAGGGAGCUUCAUUUAUUAUCUACGAUAUGAAUUUCUUGAAGCACUACUACCACUGGUGGGGCGAGAUAAUUCUCGGCGCAAUUAAAAUCUACACGGCGAUGACCCUUACGGCAGGUUUCAGAGGGCCCCUCGCCGAUCCCUCGCGGUUCAUAAUUCCCAAUAUCGCUGGCUCUUCCGACUGGCAUGAUAAGGUUGGCAUCAUUGCGCCGCUGAUGCGGGCCGCCUUUCCGUCAGCUAGCGUUGAGACGGGAGACUACUGGAAGGAUCUCAGCGACACCAAUCAGACCUUUGUAUUUGAACGCGCCAUGAUUAUUAGCCGCCACGCCGCACACAAGAGUCCUCUUGGCGGCCUUUGGUUCGCAAUGAUUUCAACUACGAUGGAAGUAGCAACGCCGCCGUAUUUCUGGGAGCCUUUCCGACAGCGAGUUGUGCGCAAUACGGUCGGGUAUCUUCCCUCUCUGGAUGACAAAGGCCUGGUCCUUUCGAAACCCAAGUCUUCUGCGCCGAUUGUGCUCUACAUCUCACGCCAGAAUGCAGGCCGAAGGCUCAGGGACGAGGACCACGAAGAUCUCUUGAAUUCGCUCAAGGAACUCGAGGACGAAGGUGUUUGUCAGGUUCAAGUUGUGGCGAUGGAAAAAUUAUCGCUGAAGGAACAGAUCGAGACGGUUGGCAGGGCCACAAUAAUGCUGGGCAUUUACGGGAAUGGUCUCACACAUCAAAUUUGGAUGCCCGCUACUUCUCGCUCCACUGUCAUUGAGAUUUUCUUUCCCCAGACGUAUCGCCAUGAUUAUUCCAUGCUUUCCAGGAAUAUGGAGCAUGCGCACUACGCCGUCUGGAACGACACGACCCUCACAUACCCAAAAGGACAAUGGUUCAAGGGAAUAAACGACGGGAGGCGAGAGGACUUCCACGGAAAUAAUAUUCCUGUGCAUGGCCCAACCGUCGCUCGCGUGAUCCGAGAACGUCUCUGGGUACCGACGCUUAAUUCCACCAACACAUCCCUUUAA